AUGGCCAGUUGCAACCUCUCGUCCUUUUCAAUCGACAAACAGGCCAUUCUUCUUCACCACAUCAAGAACGAGAGGCUUGAUGUUAUUAACAUCCAAGAAUCGCACUGGGACUCCAGCGUGUUCAAGGAUAAUGUUAGUAAGGCUGCUAAGUUCUUUUCCCCUUGCAAGAUUUAUGGAACUCCAUGUAGUCCAAAUGAUAAGGCAGCCGGAAUCCUCACUAUUAUCAAAGGUACUCUGCAUAGAAAGGUAAUUUCUUUUGAAGUGCUAGUUUCAGGCAGAGUUUCAUGUUUAAAAUUAGAAACUGAUUAUGGUGUUGUCAACAUCAUUAAUUGGUACGGUGUGCAAAAGUAUAGUAGUGAAUUCCAGAACAUCUUAACUAAGCUCUCAGAGUAUUUACUGGAAGCUAUGUUUCACUCGGAACAUGUUAUUAUAAUGGGUGACCUUAAUAUCAACACCUUGUUUGGCUCGGAGAAGAGGAAAGCGAGCGCCUUCAAUGAAUGGUUACAAGUAUUUAACCUGAAUGAUCUUGUUCCAUGUCCGACUCGCCCCUCUUUUAAGUCUAGUAGAGGUAGCAAGAAGCCAUAUUCUACCAGACCAGAUCAUAUUGUUAGCUCCCUACUCUCCAGCCAACUGUGGGAUGUUGAAAUGUUUCUUCAACACAAAAUGGUCUGUGCUGAGUUUCAAUUAUUCGAUUUGGAGAGCACUGCUAAAUUUGAGGAGGUUUUCAAUAUGUCUAAAUUCAAUAACAAAGCGUUUACUGAGAAUCUAGACUGCAUCAAUUCAAAGAUUGCUUCCUUUUCAGGAAAAGAUCUUCAAUCCUUCUUAACUGAGCUGUGCUCUCAGUAUCAUUCGCCGAUUAGGAAAUCUCCUUUGAUUACUGAUAUUAAAGAAUAUAGAGAUUUAGAGCGUAUUCGGAGGGCUCUCCAAAAGGCUAAAUGGUCUAACCGACCGAAUAAGAUAGCCAAGGAAUUUAUGGCUACUGUUGGUGUAGAUAAUGCAAUUGUAGCCUAUAAAGAUGUGGUGAAGAAACAACAGAACGUUAUCCUCAGUGCUCUUAAAGCUAGAAAAGAGGCUUUCAAAAAGGCAGUUAAUAACCUUAAAAGUAGUGUUCCUUAUAGAUACGCGUUUAAAUCGGAGCGUAACUCUAGCUCUGUGUUUAAAAUCUCUGAUCCAACUCAGGUCACGGAACACUUUGAAAAGAUGUUCAAUACUGCACUCGGAGACUCUAAUUUGGAUGAGAAAUUAAUCACAGGACACCCCAAACUUGCAGAAUUUAGGGUCCCACCUGCUAACCCAGGUUUGCUUGCGAAUGUGGUUAGCCGGAUGAAACACUCAAUGCCUGGUAGUGAUAAGGUGCCAAUGAUUGUUUUCAAAUCUAUGAAUGAAGAUGCUCUCCUUACAGUUUCUAAGAAUAAUCCGUUAGAGUAUCUGGGUGCCUCCUUUAUUAAUAACAUGUCUUGGUCUCCCUCCGAUGAUAAGGUUCUCUUAAAAGUUGAAUCCAGAUUACUAAAUUUCAGACCAAAACACUUGAGACUCGGUCCAAUGAGGAACGUAAUAUUAUCUAAGGUGCUUUCUGUACCUAGAUACCUCUCAAGCGUAGAUGCUAUUCCACUUUCACUAUUGGAAAAAUUGGAAGUCAAAAUUAGUGGAAUUAUUAAGAAAAGAAUUGGAUGUGACAACAGGCUCUCUAAAGCCGUUAUAUAUGGUGAUAAAUCCCAGGGUGGACUUGGGCUUUUAUCUCCAGUUGAUAUAAGUCACGUGGAAAGGAUGGCAUCUGUCUGUAGGUUUGUCAAUUCUACCUCUCCUAUCACCCAAAAAAUCGCAAGAGCCAUGAUAAAUAAGGCGCUCAAGGGUGAAACUACAGAUUCACUGUGGAAAAAUGCUGCCGCUACAAUGAAAGAUCUGAAAUAUUACUUCAAAUCCACAGAUAAUGGAUGGGUCUUGUGUAACCAUACCAAUCACAAGCCUGUCUCCAACCUUAGAAAUGCUAUCAUUGAAACUCAGCGAUCCAAAAAAAUUAUCAAUAAGUUGGGCCAAUUAGACAAUGACUAUAAUUGGCAUAACAGCACUCUCUCCUUCUGGAGAAACUCUCUCUUGUCUUAUUAUCAGCAAAGACUCCUCUACUUUAAUCUCCACCACUCAAUUUUACUAGGUGAUGACAGUACUUGUGACAAAUGUAAUGUCAAGGAAGAUUGGACCCAUGCAUUCCAAACUUGUCCCAAAUGCAAUCCUGAAAAGGAUGAACUGUAUGCCACAUGGGACGCUAUCUCCCAGAAAUUUAGUAUUAACAAGAUUCGUUUCCCUCCUGAUAUCUCAGAAUCCUCUCAACUUAGGAUAGAAUUUGAUGGUCGUUGCUCCCGUAAUUACUGGCUUAACUGGUCUAAGCGCAAAAAAAUACCUAAGUAUCUGGCCCUAGAAGUCUACAAAGCACUAGCUAUUUAUUUGGAAAAUUGCUACAAGAACUCAGUGUGGUACAACCGUCCCAAUGCAAGCUUCACUAUUAACAGGAAAUACCUCUCUGCCUACCACAGGCAGGCUCAGUCUAACCAACCACUUAGCGUCAACCCAUAA